AUGGUGCAGGGGUUGUCCUCCGCGAAGGCCGUGCUGGCGCUACUGAGCGAGGCGGAGAACCUUGUCGUGCUUUUUGCACUCAAGCGGCUCUCGUCCUUGAUGGACACGUUCUGGCACGAGGUCAGUGCGAAGCUGCCCCUCAUCGAGGAACUUGCCGCCUCCGAGAAGCUGGCGGAUGAGACGCGCCGCCUCGCGUCUCUUGUCGCGUCGCAGGUGUACUUCCACCUCGGCGACUACAGCAACUCGGUAAAACAUGCGCUCGCCGCCGGCACCGCCUUCGACGCGACGACGCGGUCACUCUUUACGGACACGAUCUUGAGCCGCUGUAUUGACACGUAUGUGGCAUACCAGGAGACGCCGGAGAGCGAGCGGGCGGAGCUGCCGCCAAAGCUGGAGGAGCUCUUUGUCUCUCUGACCAAGUCAUGGGUGAUGGAGAACGAGACCAUGGCGGACUUGAAGGAGAUGGUCGGCUUCACCGUGCGUGCGUUCCGGCUGGACUUCCUGGAGAAGGUGCUGCGCCAGGCGCUGAGCAGGACGCACUCGGCUGAGAUUCUGAACUUCACCUUCUACGUGGCGAACGUGCUGCUGCAAGACAUCACGUUCCGCCGCAAGGUGCUCCGUCUGCUUGCGGAUCUGUACACAGAUGGUCUCUCCACUAUCGACUACUACUCCCUGGCUCACUGCCUGCUGUUCCUUGGCGAUGUGGAGGCGACCUCGAACCUUAUUUGUGGCUUGUGGAGGGGCGGCAGCAGGAUGGUCGCCUUCCAGCUAGCUUUUGACCUCUUUGAGUAUGGCAACCAGGAGUAUCUCUCUGGCGUCGUCGCCCAUUUGGACAAGCAGCUUGGGGUGGCGGAGCAGGCGCUGGAGGUGCAGCCGGCCCCGAGUACCUCUGACGCUGCCGGCGAUGCAUCUGGCGCACCGGCAGCGGCGGCGGUGCCGGAGUCGGCGGAGCAGAAGCUGCUCUCCGUUCUCAGUGGUCAGGUGACGACGAACCUGAACGUAAAGUACCUUUACUCUCGCUGCGUCGCCGACGUGUACGUGCUGGCGCAUAUUAAGAAGAUGACGGACCCACGCAGCUCUGUUAUUCACAACGCGACGGUGGUGGCGAACGCGUUCAUGUACAGCGGCACCACGAUGGACGGCUUCUUGCGCGACAACAUGAAGUGGCUCGGCGCUGCGCAGCACUGGGCCAAGUUCACUGCUGUCGCCAGCACUGGUGCCAUUCACCGUGGUCACACGGAGGAGGCGAUGCGGGUGCUGGAGCAGUACCUGCCGAAGGGCCCAAGCGUGCCGACGCUGCCGUACCAGGAGGCAGGUGCGCUGUACGCGCUCGGCCUCAUCUACUCCCCGCUCGGCGCCACGCGUGACCGCAGGACUAUCCAGUACCUUGAAGAGAACUUGCAGAAAUUCUCGACAAACGUGCAGAUGGUCCACGGUGCCUCGCUCGGCAUCGGCCUCACGGCGAUGGGGCUGCAGGACGAGGGCCUCUACGACGCCCUCUUCACGUGCGUGACGGGCAUGGACGCGGUGGCGGCCGAGGGCGCGUCCGUUGGCGUCGGCAUGCUCAUGCUCGGCAGCGGCAACGACAUUGUCUUGCAGAGUCUCAAGAACGUCGCCUACGAAGAGAACCAAAAGGAGAAGGUCAUACGUGGCGUGUGCAUGGCCAUGGCGCUCAUCAACCUUGGCCGCGAAGACGAGGCGCUCCCGUUGGCGGAGGAGCUGCUCGAGAGUGGUGACCCGUGGGUGCGCCUGGGCGGCUGCUUCGUGCUCGGUCUGGCCUACGCCGGCACCGAGAACGCCAAGACGAUUGAGAAGCUGCUCAGCGUCACGGUGAAGGACAUGUCCGACGACGUUCGCCGCACCGCUGUGACCAUGGUCGGCUUCCUGACCUUCAAGGACCCGAACCUGUGCCUCGAUCUGAUUCGCGUGCUCGUGGAUAGCUACAGUCCGCACGUACGCUACGGUGUAGCGAUGGCACUGGCUGUGAGCGCGGCCGGCACCGGCAACGCCGCCGUCAUCGACGUGCUGUGGGACAUGCUGGAGGACAUUGUCGACUACGUGCGCCAGGGCGCCGCGAUGGCGCUUGCCAUGGUUAUGGUGCAGCUGACAGAAAAGGAGAACCCGAGGGUGAAGGAUUUCCGCCUGUUGUUGGAGAAGAAGAUCGAGGACCGUAACGAGGGACGCUGCUCCAAAUUCGGCUACGUGCUUGCUUCCGGCCUGCUCGACGCGGGCGGCCGCAACUGCACCUUUGCCCUGCACAAGCAGCGCCACCGCCUCGACAAGGCUGUCGUCGGCGUCUUCAUGUUCCUGCAGUACUGGUACUGGUACCCGUACUUGCUCAUGAUCACGCUGGCCAUGCAGCCCACGUGCAUUAUUGGUCUGAACGAGUCGCUGGAGCUACCCGAGUACACGUUCAAGUCCAACGCCCCUCCCAGCACCUACGCCGUGCCCAAGUCGGUGCUGCAGGAGAAGAGGGUGAAGACGUCCGAAGUGCAGGCGGUCGUGCUGUCCACGACGCGCAAGGAGGAGGAGCUGCGGCAGCGCCGUCACCAGGGGCCUGGAAGCUCGGGGUUGACCGCCGGCGCCUCCGCGACUGGCGCGCCUGGCGGUGAUGGCGGGGUUGCUGAGGCGGGCAGCAAGAGGGGCGGCAACAAGGACGGCGGCGGCGCGUGUGGCGAGGCGGCGGAGCAGGAACCGGCCUUUGAGAUCCUGCACAACCCAGCGCGUGUGACGGCGCAUCAGUUUUCCGUCAUUUCGCAUGACGUAGACGUGCGGUACGUACCGCUGAAGCCGAAGCCGAUGGGCAUCUGCCUCUUGAGGGACACGAAGCCUGAGAUGGGUGCCGAGGUGCUGGUAGCGCCUGUGGUGCUGUCGGACCGCGACGAGGCCCCUGUGCCGGAGCCCUUCUCCUACCCGUAG